GAACUGUUAGCCUCCAUUCCUCCGUUUAAAUCUCAGACUGCGCACAGUAGCGGCUUCACUGGGGCGCAUGGAAGUUUCUGGAAAAGCAGAGAGCUGUCCGGGGGUGAAGUUGAGGGGAGACGGCAAACUUCCUCUGAGAGCUGCCACGUCCGAGCCCACUCCCAGCACCACUUCCUCUGGAGCACGUAGCUUAAAGGACAGCAGCGGAGGAGAGGGAUACACUUGAAUUAAUUAACGAUCUGCCAUGCAGCCCAGGCUUCCUGUCUAUAUCCUUAUUUCUUUGCCAGUUCUCCUGGUGCAAGGCAGCACUGCUGGCUCAUCCAAGAAGAGCUCUGCUGUCCCAGUCAGCCCUCCACCUCGCCCGCCUCCUCCACUGGGUGACCCCAGCUGGGCUCUGGGUCUGCGCCUGUACCAGGCCCUCCGCUCUGACUCAAGCUCGAUAAACACCCUCUUCUCCCCUCUGCUCGUGGCCUCCUCACUGGGAGCGCUGGGUGGAGGAUCAGCAGGCACCACUGCCAGCCAACUCCAAGACCUCCUCAAGACCCCAUCUCCUGCCAAGGCUGGAACCCGUGCUGGUGAGCUUCUGUCCGUGGCGUUGAAGAGCUUCACGGAGGCCAAUGGGACCAGCUUUCACCUGCACACAUCCUCAGCUCUGUUUUCCAAGCAGGCUCUUCCAGUCAGCCAGACGUUUGUGAAGGAGAGCCAGGCUGGAUUCAGGCUGCCGCAUCAGCCGCUGGGGAAAGGAGACUCCAAGGCGGACCUGAAGCAGCUCCAUGGCUGGGCCAAAGCUGGGCUUGGUGGCCUGGAGGGAGCUCCUUUAGCAGCUGAAGUCCAGGCUAAGGCUGGAGCCAUGAUACUGGCCAAUGCCAUGCGCUUUAAAGGGCUCUGGGAGAGAGAGUUCAGCGAGGAGAGCACAGAUCAUCGUACCUUUUUGGGGAAGAAAUACACCAAAGUGAUGAUGAUGCACAGAGCAGGUUUGUAUCGUCACCAUGAAGACAUGGCAAACAUGGUGCAGGUUUUAGAGGUGCCUUUAUGGGGAGGCAAGGCCAGUAUGGUGCUCUUGAUGCCCUUCCAUGUCGAGAGUCUGGCGAGGUUGGACAAGCUUCUGACCCUUGAGCUGCUGUCCAAGUGGCUGGAGAAGACAAAUAUAACCAGUGUGGCCAUCUCGCUCCCCAAGGCCAACAUCACCAGCACACUAAGUCUGCAGAAACAGUUGUCUGCUCUGGGCUUGACCGACGCCUGGGACCAGAAGGUGGCCGAUUUCUCUGGGGUGUCGGACAAGAGCAAGGGGAAACUCCAUCUGGGUGGCGUCCUCCAUUGGGCUUUCCUGGAGCUGGCUGCUCAAGCUGGGGAAGGAGACGCAAAUCUAGAGGAGGAGAACAUAGAAAAGCCCAAGCUGUUCUACGCUGAUCACCCCUUGAUCAUCUUUGUUAGAGACAACGCUACUGGAGCCCUGCUGCUGAUGGGAGCUCUGGACCAUGCAGAGGGAGAGGCCCUCCAUGAUGAACUGUAGCACCCUCUAACAUCUAUCCUUUUUGCCUUUCUUUUUUGUCUCUUUCUCUUACACAAUCCCCCUCAAAGACUAUACACCGGUUUCUAAGGCGAGACAUUGUCAUUCACUGUGACACACUAUCACAUCAGACUACGGCUGACUGUCACACAUUGACACUGCAUAGUCUCCCGCUGACUGACACUGACAUUGCCAUACCCGACACUUACACAGUCGCACAGGCAUAACGACACCUACAUGGCAUACAUAAUGAAAAUACUGUACAAGACAUUACUAAAGUUGACAGAUGCAGCAAAAACACUAACUUGAAGAGACUCCCUGCAUUUUCUCUCGCCCACGCGUGUGCACGCCCACACACAUUCAAGGCCUCAAUGAUCAACUCAACAAAAACAAAAAAAAAAACAACCCAAAAAUGACAAACAAGAGUGCACUGACAAACACUAACAUGCUGACAAGCAGAAGUAGUUAAACUGACACAACACUUACAGCAGCGUCAACAAAGAACUUUAACGAACAGAGGCUCGCAGCGACACUUGAAUCCUCCCUGCCAGGCAAACACCAGGGCAGGCGAAUGUGUGUGCGUGGUGACCCGACAGAUCAAGGGUGCCCAUGCGGUCGCUCUCGGAGCUGGCAGGAGCCUAUGGCGGUGUCCCCUGGGCUACAUCUGAGGAAGACUGAUGGAUCAGCCAAGUGCUUAUUGAUGAGCCAGCUUAAUGCUAAUAGCCGUAAUGAGUCACAACGCUUGUCAACAACACGGAGAGGACAGGGAACCUUUUAAUCUCUUAAUACCAUCAGGGAUCAAUGACACUGUUAUGCUGCUAGAAACAAACAUGACUGACAUCGCUUGAGUUUAAUCUUAAAACAGUUUAAUAUUUAGGGUGAUUACAGCAAUUUAGAGAGGUAUUGAUUUUCAUUUGUACAUUUGUUUUUUUGAAGCACACGAGUGGAUGGUUGAGAUAUGUGAAUGACCUACAGUAGCUACUGUGUAUGUUUGAUAUUUGAUAAGGUACAUUUUUUUAAAAAAUGUGUCUGCUCUUGUUUUUACUGUUUUUUUCACUUUCACUUCCUUAACCCGAUCUUGAUACAAACCAAUCAAUCAUGAAAACAUGUACUAUAAAUAUAUUAUAUGUGUGGAUUGCCACAGAUCCAUCUUCAUUGACAGCACUGAUACAGGCUAAGACAGGAGGCCCCUUUCUUUUUCUAUUUUUUCUUUUUUUUACUUCCACCCUGAACUGAAUGUUGGCUGACAUUGAGCCUCAAGGGUCUAUGGAAGCAGAUUUAAAGCCCUGAACUAGCAUCGGUUAUUGAAUUUUGGAGGGGCAACAACACAUGAAUGGCUCGCAGUGUCUAGAAAGUACAGCAACAACUAUGUCAACAUACUCAGCGAUUGCCUCCCAACAGACAAUGGCAAAAUAUGUUUUUUUGUAUUUCCACCAAUGAAUAGAAACACAAUAUAUUAGUUAAUUAAAAAAGUAGUCCUUGCUUGCCAUUCCUCUUUAAAGUGUUUUAUAUCGCUCAUUUCCAAUUAGACAGGAUGCUUUUGUGUUGUACUGACUGUCCAUGCGUCUACACACAAAACACUUAUAUACUUAUACUUAUAUAGUAUUUCUUGACAGUAAAAAUAGCAAUGUGUGAAAAAACAAA